AUGAAAAUUAUUGUCUUGAUAUUCUUGUUAGGGGCCUUUGCUUCAAACAUCAGACAUAAAAAGGAGAGACACAGUGAUUCUUAGACAUUAUCACAUCAACAAUCAAACACUAAAGAAUUAUUGUAAGUCACUGAUAUAGAUAACUAAUCCGAGACUUUAGUUGAGGAAACUCUCAAUGAAUAAUAAAAUCUAGAAGAACCAAAACCAAUUUAUAAUAAUGAUGGCAGAUCACCUGAUAUGGGUUUGAGCGAAGUAGACAAUAAUGAUGCUUCAGAGGCCCCUAUGAUGGCAGAUAAUGUAUAUGAUUAAUCAGCACAAGAAGAAGUGAUUAAAGGAUUAUCACUUAUAUAAGUUGGAGAAAUUGAUGCAUUAGCUGAUAUUGAUACUAGCAUGCCAUUGUUAGAUGAAGAUUUUAAAUAUGAUGAAUAAGCCCUUUAGGAAACUCCUUUAAAUGUUGAUAUCGUUGAGGAAGUACCUUAAUAAUAAGAAUAAGAAGUCAAUGAAAUCGAAGAUUAAUUGCAAUAAGAAAUUGAAAUCGAAGAUUAGCAAGAUCAAUUAAUAAAUGAAGUUUAAUUGCUUUAGAUUGGAGGAUUCUAUUAUUGA